AUGGCACCAACCCAGUCCGAGGACAACAAUCCUUCAGCAGAGUACAAGCUGAAGAAGUACCUUCUUCUACUGGCCACUCUGGUUGUGGCGGUGACAUACGUUGCCGGCCUCAACCUGCCAGGAGGAGUCUGGCAGGACGACGACACAAAGGAUGCUCAUCACCUCGCCGGUGACCUAAUCCUUUUGGACACCCACCAUGGCCGAUACCUCACCUUCUACUACUGCAACGCGACUGCGUUUGCGGCCUCCGUCGUGGUCUGCCUGCUCCUCCUCAUCCUGCAGGAGGGCAACAACGGAGUCUGUGGAACUGUGCUCCGGGUGGUCAUGGUUCUCGAUUUACUUGGACUCAUGGGGGCCUACGCCGCUGGAAGCUGCCACGAUGCUUUCACAACCAUAUACUCCACACUGGUAAUGUCUGUUGUCUUGGCCUAUGCCGUGCUUACUUUCUCGCUUUAUAUCAUCUCCAAGCUAGAGAAAUGUAAAGAUGAUAAGCAGCAGCAAAAGGAGGAUCAUGAGAGCCAGAGCCCGAGCCAGAGCCGGGAAGAAAAGGACGAGGUCGCAAGUAGCGAGGUCUUGAUGCUACUUGCGACCUUUGUUGUUACCAUCACAUAUGGGGGUGGGCUAAGCCCACCGGGUGGCUUCUGGAGCAACGGCCACCGUGUGAGCCUCCCAAUUCUGCCGGACCACAGCUCCGCCCGCUACCAGGCGUUCUUUGUCUGCAACACAACUGCGUUUGUCGCCUCCCUUCUCAUCAUCAUGCUGCUCCUCGACAAGAGGCUCAAGAAGGAAUUGUCUGUACGGUCCGUUGCACUGUACGGGCUCAUCGUCGUCGCGCUCUUUGGCCUCGUUGGGGCCUAUGCUGCUGGGAGCUGCAGAGAGAUUGAUACUACUAUCUACGUAGUCUCUCUGAUCGGCGCAGUUCUUGCAUACAUCUUCCUCCAAGUGGCGAUUACUAGAGCCGCUCAACGAUGUCGUCAACCAAGCACAAGGGAAAUCAAUGGCUCGCCAGGAACACCCAAUGUACCACAUGGGCCACCUGGUAGCAGCAGGGAUAGAGGACAAGAUGAUGUAGGACUUCCACUCAAAAAAGAUGUUGGACUGGAAAAGGCUCAUGAUCUUGUUAUUUUGCUUGCUACCCUUGUUGCGAGUGUCACUUACCAAGCUGGACUAGAUCCACCGGGCGGUCUGUGGUCAGACAACCAGGAUGGCCACCAUAAGGUUUGUGAUCCGGUACUCCUCACAACAGACCCUCAGCGGUACAAGGUGUUCUUCUACAGCAACUCAGCAGCAUUUGUGGCAUCCUUGGUUCUCAUCCUUAUGGGAUGUGAGCACCUCCAUAUAUGUCGUCGCCUUUUGGCUGGUGCCAUCCUUGUCUACGUGGUGAUUCAUAUCAUCUUCUUCACACUAGACAAAGACGACAAACAUGGAAAUGCUCAUGAGUUGGACAGUAAACGGGAGGUGUUGCUGCUCCUUGCAAUCUUAGCUGCUACAGUCACUUACCAAGCUGGGCUGACCCCGCCAGGCGGCUUCUGGUCAGCGGAUGACGAGUUUGGUCAUCGUGCAGGAUUCCCAGUCCUUCUCAACAACUACCCUGACCAUUACCAAGCCUUCUUCUACUGCAACGCCACGAGCUUCAUGGCGUCCGUGGCCCUGAUUGUCCUGCUAGUGAACCCAAACCUGUACAUGCCAGGCAUACAGUGCUAUGCGUUCUUUGUGUGCAUGGUUGUGGGCUUGUUUGGAUUAAUGGGCGCAUACGCUGCAGGAAGUUCCCGGCAACUGCAAACUUCUAUCUAUGUCUUGGUAUUGUUUGCUCUGGUUUUCACUUGUGUAACCUCGUGGGUGGUCAUUCUCUUGAUUGGACGACUUAUGGAACAUCGUCGUCAUAAUAAAGGAGAUGGGCCAUCUGUUGGCGAUGGAGGCGUAGCCCGCACUGAUAAUACUGAUGCAGCCCCUGAACAAGACAACGACAAGGAGGAGAAGAAGAAGGAGGAGGAGAAGAAGAAGGAGUACUUGAUGCUGCUAGGAGUCCUGGCAGCGAGUGUGGCAUACCAAUCUGGUCUGAAACCACCAGGUGGCCUCUGGCAGGACAACAAGGAUGGUCCGUAUGGACACUCUGCAAGCAACUCAAUCCUCCACGACAUUGACAAAAGUCGUUACCAUGCUUUCUUCUAUAGCAACUCCACUUCAUUUAUGGCGUCCAUCGUCAUCAUUGUCCUGCUGCUUCCAUUGCAUGAUGAGUUGCCGCUACGCCCACUGCAUAUGGCCAUUUUGCUAGAUUUGGUUGCCCUCCUGGUUGCUUACGCAGCAGGCAGUACCAGAGACUGGGAGAUGUCUAGGAAUGUCAUUGCUCUGGUAAUUCCCUUGCUAGUCUAUAUUGCAUCCUACGCAGUAUACACCUGGUACCGACGAACAAAGUGCAGCGACAGCCGACAGCCAAGGCCUGCCGACAGCGACAUGACAAAAGUUCAGCAUGGAGGCAAUACCAAUGAUGUGGUGGAGAACUUGUCGUAA